CCGAAGCUUCAAGGGCCAAGGGAAGCAGGUUGUCUCCCUCCUUCCCACCUGUAUCACCCUACCUCAGGUCCCAUCUCACCUAUCAAUGGGGAGGUCUCCUUGCUGUGAUGAGAAUGGCCUCAAGAAGGGCCCUUGGACCACUGAAGAAGACCAGAAGCUCAUGGAAUACAUCGAGAAGCACGGCCAUGGAAGCUGGAGAGCGCUGCCUAAGCUUGCCGGGCUGAACAGGUGUGGCAAGAGCUGCAGGCUCAGAUGGACUAACUACCUGAGGCCAGAUAUCAAGAGAGGAAAGUUCACCCAUGAGGAAGAACAGACCAUCCUCCAGCUCCACUCCGUCCUUGGCAACAAGUGGUCAGCCAUUGCGAAGCAUCUCCCCGGGCGGACUGACAACGAGAUCAAGAACUUUUGGAACACCCACCUGAAGAAGAAGCUAAUCCAGAUGGGUUUCGACCCGAUGACGCACCGGCCAAGAACAGACUUCUUUGCUGCCCUGCCUCAACUCAUUGCGCUCGCCAACCUCCGCCAGCUUGUAGAGCAGCGGCCAUGGGACGACCACGCCGCCAGGCUGCAAGCUGAGGCGGUCCAGGCUGCAAAGCUUCGGUACCUGCAGAGCCUGCUUCAGUCUGCAGCGUCCAUUGCCAACAGUCCCAGCUCCAGCAGCAUCAACGCCGUCCCCAGUGACUUGGAGCAAAUUGGCCUCCUGAGCCCUCCUCAGAUGUCUUCGUGGUCUCCGUUGCCUUCUUCAAGUCUCCUGGAAAGUAUUAGUGGCCAAGACAUAGUAGCUGGACAAGUGCCUGACAUUCAAAUGCCUAGCUCUUUCUUCGACCAGCCCAUCAGCAACGACGCCAACCAGAGCUCGGGUUACACUGCAAAGGGUAUCGGUGAAGGGGAGAAUGGAACCCCUAAGACGAUGCUGCUGUCAGAAAACUCCCUUCCGCCGCUCACUGACUUCCCCAUUUCCAACCUCGGCGACGAUUGCAGCACCUCAAGCUGUGACGGCAGCAACACUCAGUUCACAAAUUGGAUUGAGUUAUUUGAUGAACAGUUCUUGAGCAUCUUUCCAUGAAUUCUGAUCUGGAGUGUAUGCGUGUUACUCUCUGGUUUGCUUUUUCAGUUUUAGUUUUCUUCCCUUUUUCUGGUUUUUGUGCCAUAUUUUGGGGAAGCAAAUUUUAUAUAAUCCUGUACAAAAAGAUUCUCGUAAGAUCCUAUCCAUCCUGUGAUCAAGACUAGGUUAAAGAGAAGAGAGAUGAAAUAUAUAUGUGUUAUCAUAGAGGAGAGAGUCUUUCAUAGAACAUAAUUCUAUAGAAUUUGCUUCCAUAUUCUGAUGUGAGUUUCAUUUUAGAGCUACAGUUUCUGCAUGCAUUGGUAAGUCAUAGAAUGCAAAUGCAUGCUCCUAUGCUUGUACAGUAUACACCAAACACUUAUAAAUAGACGACUUCUCCUAUAUAAAUUUUCC